AUGGACGACGUCAUCCAGCUCAAGUUCCUCUUCGCCAACAAGGACGGCGUCAAGGUCACGCUCGGCGCGCCCAGGUCCGCGCACGUCGCCGACGUCAAGGCGCAGCUGCUCGCGGCGUGGCCCGCCGAUGUGCCCAAGCCCGAGUGCCUCAGCAGCAUUCGCCUCAUCUGCAUGGGCCUCGGCGCGCUCCAGGACAACAAGACGCUAAGCGACAGCAAGGUGCCCUCGUUCCCGACGCACCCGACGCCGGUCAACGUCUCGGUCGUGCCGCCCAAGCGGUCGGCCGACCCUGCCGGCGGCUCGUCCGAGCACCCGCUCACCCAGCGAGCGCCGCCCACCAACAUUAGUUGCUGGUGCAGCAUUUCAUAG